AUGGCCAUGUCUUUAUUCAGUUCUUUUGACGCCAUCCUUGCUGAGAAAUUCGGACAAAAGGUUAGCCUUUCCUGGGCCACGCCCACUUCUUCUUCUCCUUCUUCGGCGGUUAACAAAGCACAAGGGGGGCCGUCUUCAUCGUCAAGUAAUAGCAGCAGUAUUGAUGAUGUUGGGAAGGCAACUUCCACAUCAAAUCCCAAGAAGCCUCAACAACAGCCGCAGCAGCAGCAGAAAGAGAUGGUCAAAAGGAGGCCGAGGUUUGCAGUUGAAUUAGACGGGGUCCACUGUUUCGAAACCAUCAUUCCUUAUUGA